AUGGUCAUUAGAAAACUCAGAUCUGCGGCCAAGAAUGUUACUGUUUCGGAUUCGACUUCGACUUCUCAGUUAUCUAGUCAUCCUACCUUAAUUAAUAAAACUGUGGUUUCUUCAGUUGUCAAAAGGGUCGUGUGGUAUCCUGUGGUGCCAUUGGUAGCCCUAUUUUUUAGUUCUUUCGUCGAAACAUACGUUUAUAUUCAUCGUGUGGUCUCUUAUCCUCUACUUUUACUUUGCUUCAUUGGCUUAUCAAUUCAAGGAUUAGUGAAUGCUUUGGUAUUUUCUCAAGAUAUUGCUGUUAUUCGUGCUUUCCAAGUUGUUAAGCUACAUUGGUGGAUCAACAGUGUUAAUUCUUAUGAGUUACAUUAUCCUCAUCGAUCUCACAACAAAUCC